CUGACCCCAGUGGCAGUCCCAUCUCACUACACCGCUCUCCGGCUUCUCCUCUGUCAGAUCGAGGCUGCUCUCUCUCUCUCUCUUGCUCCCCCUCUCCGCUUCUGUCUGUCUCGUUUCCACAAGAGCCAGCCGAGGUCCCCCAGGGUCGAAGGUUCUGCCCUGCCCGCCCAGACUGCAACCCCCGCCGGCCUCCAAAUCGGCAUUCUCCCGCAUGGAUCUGCGUCUUUUGACAGCGUAGAGGGCGACCCCGGGACACGUAUCCGCCAGAACGAAGAUUGCUGUGUGGUUGUGGUUCAGUGUGGUUGAUCCGGUUUUGUACAGGAGGCGGUUAUAGUUCUGAGCAGCGGUUCUGAAGGAUGACCGCUGAAUGGUUCAGCCUUGGAUCCUGGUGAACAGUGUCUGAUGUCCGAACGGUGGAAGCAUGGCUCAUGGAAUCACCUCUCAGGGCAAAGUGACCAUCACAGUGGACGAGUACAGCUCCAACCCCACACAGGCCUUCACUCACUACAACAUCAACCAGAGCCGCUUUCAACCUCCACAUGUCCACAUGGUGGACCCUACCCCGUAUGACACUCCUAAGCCAGCAGGACACACGCGGUUUGUGUGUGUUUCGGACACCCACUCCCGUACAGAUGGGAUCCAGAUGCCCUAUGGUGACGUGCUGCUCCACACGGGAGACUUCACUGAGCUGGGCCUGCCCUCUGAGGUCAAGAAGUUCAACGACUGGCUAGGUGGUCUACCCUAUGAGUUUAAGGUGGUGAUAGCAGGGAACCAUGAGCUGACCUUCGAUAAGGACUUUAUGGCUGAGCUGGUGAAGCAGGAUUACUACCGUUUUCCCUCCGUGUCCAAACUGAAGCCCGAGGACUUCGAUGACGUCCAGGACCUCCUCACUAACUGUGUGUACCUCCAGGACUCUGACGUCACCGUCAAAGGCUUCCGGAUAUAUGGGACGCCAUGAGGUGGAUUCAUUCAUAACAUCAUCUAUCAAUGAAUCCAGGCUGCAUCACAUCCGGACGGGAUUGGGAGUCCCAGCGCCGUCCGGGUUUGGCCGGUGUA